CCGCGCGGAGCGUCCUGCCCCCGAGCGCCGGCGGCCGCGGCCGGGAGUCGGGGGGCGCGUCUGGGAGCGGGCGCCGGGGUCGGAGUCCCGGCCGGCGUGGCGGCAGGUGUGCGGUCGCCGCGGGCGAGAGGCGCGUCUUUCAGACGAAGAGUUUCCGUGGUUUUUUGAACGCACCCAGAGUCUGACGCAGCCCCUUCCUGCUGGUACCCCCAGGAACGACUUUUUCACCUAAAGGGAGAUAGAAAUCCGUUGUUCCCAACAAAAACUUUGGUGGAUUUGGUAGGUAGUGUCGGGAAAUGUGCCCCGCGGUUUGAUGUGGCCAACGCGGCUCUCCGUGUGGGGGUCGGGUCUUUGUGCAGCUCCUCAGCUAUGACAGUCAUUACACCCCGGGACCCGGGGGCUCAGCAGGUCAGCACCACCUAGAGCCCAGGGCGUGACCCCGCGGGCCCAGGAUGCAGCCCCACCUCGGGCCCCUGCGGCGGCCUGCUUCUCCCUCUGCCUGUGUCUCUGCCCCCCCCAUCUCUCUCAUGCAUAAAUAAAUAAGACUUAAAAAGUUUAAAUACAUAAAAAUAAAAUUUACGGUCAAGAGAAACAUCAAUUUAUUAAUCUUCAUCAACAUCAAGAGUAGUUACUGUGAUUACCCCCAAUCACAGAGUUGAAGAGGCGGAGACACAGGUUUAUUUAAACAGAAGCUUAGAUCACACCACAGGAUUCCCGGCAGGGCCUUCUCCAAGAGGAACCUGUCAGGACAGUAAAUACUUGCUUAAAUACUUGCUGAAUAUCCACCGCCGUGCGGUGCAGACCCAUACAUUCAAAGCCUGCCUUACCUUAUCUGAGACUGUUUACGUGACACAUUCAAUGAGACUUUAAUUACCAUGAUUCUGGAAAAUGCCUCGGGAAUGAAUGUGAAGUGUGAUAGUAGGAGGUAAGUCCUCUGCUGGUUGUAGGAUGAAAAAUUAAGUGAAUAUAUUAAAUCAAGAAAAUUGAAAUUUGAAAUCGUUCUGUGUAUGAAACAGUGUUACAUUUAAGUUAUCCCUACGGGGCACUUUGAGAUGGUCACAUCAUGUUUGUGAUUCUUUGGGGCUGAAUUAUGGGGAGUUUUGCCCUUGUGAAGAUUUCUGAUUUGCCAAGUAGAUUAAAAUGAUCUCAUGAGGAAUUGCUUGAAAAAGCAUCAGUGUUUUAUUCUGAAGGAGGGAAAACUAAGGAAUUGAGAGUCUGCCCUCAAAUAUUUGAAAAACUGUCAUUUGGAAGUGGGAGAAGACCUCACCCGUGUUGCCUUAAAGGAAGACCUUGCGGUGUGGUUGGGGGGUGGUUUACAUAUUUAGGGACAACAUCGAGGGCUUACGGUGGGAAAUGCUCUAGGGGAAGGGUGCGCGGAGUGCGUGCAGGUGAGGGAUGCAGCGAUCACGUAGAAACAAGGGGGCAGUGCAGGAAUCCAGUGCCCCGGAAGGGUGCUUUUGAGAAACAGGCCACGAAAGGCGAAAGGCAGUGUGGGGCUUGGGGUGGGAGCUAGACCUAGAAAUAGCAGCAGGCAGUUGGGUGUAUGCAUCUGGGUGCACGUGAUGGAGGGUUCCUAGGCAGAGACCAAAGUUCAGAAGGAGGUGGUCCUGGGGGGCGCAGUGGGUUAAGCGCCUGCCUUGGCCUCAGGUCAUGAUCUCAGGGUCCUGGGGUCCAGCCGCACCUGGGGUGGCUUAGGCUCCCGGCUCAGCGGGGAGUCUGCUUCUCCCUCUGCCCCUUCCCUCUACUCAUGUGCCUGCUCGCUCUCUCUCUUUAUCUCUCCCAAAUAGAUAAAAUCUUUCUAGAAAAGGUUUAGAAGUAGUGUGUUUGACAGAAAGUCAUGACUUGAACUGGAGUCCUCCCAUUAGAGGAGAAGAGGGCAGCGUGGAAGAGGGAGACGGGAACCAUCAGUGGUGGUUGAGCGAUUUGAUAAAGCCCCUUAUCUACUCCUCAGUAACUGCCUUUAUAGGCUUGUGUUUUUCUCCCCUUUUAAUAGGGCUGGAAAUCAAGACUUAGGGAGUUUAAAUAAUCUGCCUAAAUUCUGGAACCUGGUAAUCGGUAGAGGUGAGGAUACAGACCCAGAUCGGAGACACCAGCUCCUUCUACCACGUUGAUGCCAUCGGUAGGGUUGAGUGUAGGAGGAGAAGGGAAAGAAGACCAGAAAGUUGGUGGUACCUUGAAUUAACCCUGAAGGGGUCCGUGACGUCACUGUGAUAACCUCAGUUUUGGUUAUGUUCAGUGUAAGGAGCUUGUAUGCACUGAGUAGGAGAGUUUGUUAUGUCACUUGAAGACUCGGGUGUGACACGCAGAUGUUAGCAUUUGGAACUGCGGAAACAGAGAGGCCAGAGAAGAUAGAGAUGCUAGGGGACGUGCCUGCCACUUUCUCCUUCCAGAAAUCUAGUCCAUGUUUUCUGAAUAUAGCUAGAGGUUUGCAACUCAGUUUCUAAAAGCAUAUUUUGACAGUGUGAAUGGGGGAAAAAAAGUAUAUUUUCAUACAUCUUAUUUUCUUACAGAUUGUUUUCCAUUUGCUGUUAUUGAUCUUACUGAAGUUCAUAUAAUUUCAUAUUUUCUCAUUGGUCUUUCCAGUAUUUUGUUCCAUGCCAUACUUUUUGGUGUGUAUUUUGUUAUAUUUUCUCCUCUGUUCUGUUUUGGUCCUACGUUGUUGAUGAAUCCCUCAUUCCCCAAAUUCUGAAAUCAGGUUUCAUUGGACCGCAGGCGUAAAAGGGAAGCAAUGCAGAAAUCAGAGUGCCCUGGAGGCGUACAGUUGAGAAACAGAAAGGCAGCUAACGGUGAUCAAAGGACAUCAUCAAGUGUACAUAGGACUACAGUUCAACAAAGCAGCUCCUCAUCAUCAACCAGUUCUCCAGAGACUGCAAGAAAGCUUCAUCCUCGACCAAGUGAUAAACUUAACCCUAAGACAAUUAACCCGUUUGGUGAACAGUCACGAGCUCCUUCUGCGUUUGCAGCCAUUUACUCUAAAGGAGGUAUUCCUUGCAGGUUGGUCCACGGUUCAGUGAAACACAGAUUGCAGUGGGAAUGUCCUCCCGAAAACCUUCCGUUUGAUCCUCUUCUUAUUACUCUAGCUGAGGGUUUGAGAGAGACUAGACACCCAUACACCUUUGUGUCGAAGGAGGGUUUCAGAGAAUUACUGUUGGUGCAAGGAGCUUCUGAGAAAGCUGUACCUUUGCUUCCGAGACUGAUUCCUGUGCUAAAGGCAGCUCUGGUCCACCUGGAUGAUGAAGUGUUUGCAAGAGGACUGAAUGCUCUCGUGCAGCUUAGCGUCGUUGUUGGUCCUUCUCUAAAUGACCAUCUGAAACAUCUGCUUACAAGUCUUUCCAAGAGACUAAGGGAUAAGAAAUUCAAAGAGCCAAUCACCAGUGCGUUACAGAAGCUGGAGCAGCAUGGUGGAAACUCACGGAUUGAAAUAAUGAGAUUUCCAGAUGGCUUCACUACCAUGUCGGAAGCGCCACGUGCUCUGGAACGCGUGUAGGCACAUACACGAGGAUGAAUCAGGGCAGCCUUAUCAUCAUCAAAUCUAAAAUUCCAACAUAUUGCUCCAUAUGCUGUUGAAGAAGGGAGCCCACAAAAAUGUUGUCAGCCCCCGUGACAGGUGCUAAAUGCCGACCAUGAGUACCUUUGGAACGUCUUCAGAUUUAACUUCAGUUUAUUCUUUUGUUGAUCACAGCCACCAUUCAUUAUUUACUAGACUAAGAGGAGUAUACACAGUUCCACUGAAUCAUAGUAAAAGUUAUUCCUCAACAACAAAACAAGAGUGGUCGAUGAUGGAAAGCUAUUAAAAAUGUCUUCUAAUGGUACAAUUUUGCAGGGUUGGUUUUUCAUAUUUUUACAGAUUGAUGCGAACAACCAUUAUUGGGUUUAUAAUAGAAGUGACUGUAUGUAUUUUCUAACGCCUUUUAUUUAUCAUAUACCUUUCACAAUUUGUAGCCGUGUGCUUAUUUUUAGACAUUUUGUCAUUUCUUGGGUUUUAUGUUUAUCAAGGCUACAGAAAUGUAAAUAGUGGACAAACAUUUGUGAAUUCACUGUUAAUUAUUGUCUGUAAAUAUGUAUUCUAUGAUACGGAAUACUUGGAAAAACUUCAUACCAGAGUAUUCUAGUUUAAGAAAUUUUUCUGAAUGUGUAAAUUCUCUUGUAAGUAUGUUAUUUAUUACAACUCAUUAAAACUGCCUAAACUUUAGGUGUUAAUUAUAUUUAAGUAAAUGUUAUUUUUGUAUCCCAUAGUCUGAAAAUACUGAAGAUACUCAUUGCAUGAAGAUAUUCCACAAUUAAAAUCUUAAAACUCUUAAA